GGCGCACCAACCGAGACUGUACCCGCAAACUACGAUCCGACUCUUCCCUUCUCACAGCGCAUUGGACCUGAUGACUACCCCCGCAAUUCCUCCAACACAGCACAUCAGAGAUCUUGCACGAGAGCGAAAGGGCAAUGCGUGAUGAUACAGUCAGACACAAGAAGAUCGUUGGAGUCGUUGUCAACUCGGGGAAGAUGGACAAGACCGUGACGGUACGGAUAAACGGGCAGAAGUGGAAUACGCGUAUUCGAAAGAUGUUCCCCGACCAUAUACAGCACCUCGUCCACGAUCCAAACAACUCCCUCGUAACCGGAGAUGUCGUUGAACUUCACCGCCUGAAAGUGAGCCGGAAAGUCGAGCACGUCGUUGCCUCCAUUGUCUCGCCCUUCGGAACGCCCAUCGAAUCGAGACCGCCGAUCCCAACUGCGGACGAAAGACUAGCCGCAUACAAGGAGUACCGCUUCAAGAAGCUCCAGCGCCGCGAGCUGCGUGUCAAAGCUGCGGAAGGCAAAGCAGAGGCUAUUCGAGCCCUGAAGAAAAAGGGCCUGAACCCUGGCGCCGGAGUGGAGGAGGGUGUCGGACAACUGGAAAACGCGGAGUACGGCGAUGGGCAGACAAAGACUCCUUCUGAAGGUGCGAUUCUGGGUGAGAAGGGCCAGAAGCUACCUGAAGGCGUCUUGCCCGGAGGAAUGCGCGAGGUCGGAAAGAUCGAUGAUUGGAGUGCUGAGAAGAAGGCGGAGUACCGCCGACUGCGGGCUGAAGAGUCCCGAAAUCUGUCGGAAGCGAAGGAGAAAGAGGCGGAGUUGAAUGAGCAGGAUCUCGAGACUCGGAGCACAUCGCGGUAG